CCGGGUAGCCCGUAGUAACCCGGAGUCUGCGGAAGUGGAGACUGGUGUGGGCAGGCAGCUGAGACAGGGGACCAACAGUUUGUGGAACCAUAACUUGUGACAUCGAGUUUUGUUUUUUUUUUAUUUUUUCCCCACUUUGGUAAGCAGCUGUUUAUGAUUCUUGAAGAUUAAGGCAAAUAGGAAACCCCAUCUGAGAUUUUUAACACAGCUCUCAAACAACAAGUUACGUCAUGGACAUAACGUUGGACCCUUCCCGAGAUGACCUGCCUCUCAUGGCCAACACCAGCCACAUGCUUGUGAGGCACUAUGCGCUGGAUUUAGAUGUGGAUUUUGAAAGUCAAGUCAUUGAGGGCACCAUAGUGCUUUUCCUUGAGGAUGGAAACAGAUUCAAGGAACCAAGUCAUUCCAGCACAGAAACCUGUCCGCUGGAGUCAAAUGAAGCCUUUAAUUUUAGGACGCCUGAACCCUGCCCUGUUCCUGUGACAAACGCAAGGACCUUCUCAUCUAAAAUGGCAUAUAAUGAUUUUACAAUCUGUGGUAAAGGUGAAAAAGAUACUUCUGAUAAAGGUGGUAACCAUGACAACUGGGAACAGGCUUCUGGGAUUUCUAGCUCAAAGUACUGCUGUGACACAGGGGAUCAUGGGAGUGAGGAUUUUUUGCUAGUGUUGGACUGCUGUGAUUUAUCUGUGUUAAAGGUCGAGGAGGUGGAUGUGGCUGCUGUGCCAGGUAUUGAAAAAUUUACAAGGUCUCCCAGGCUCACAGUUGGUUCUGAGGUGCUCAGGAAUGAGAUUAUACAUGAACUUGUGACUAUGCCUGCAGAUCGUUGGAGGGAGCAGUUAGACUAUUAUGCUCGCUGCAGCCAGGCUCCCGGCUGUGGAGAACUCUUCUUUGACACUGACACUUGGAGCUUACAGAUCAGGAAGAAAGGGGCUCAGACAGCUACUGACUUUCCUCAUGCCGUCAGGAUAUGGUACAAAACCAAACCCGAGGGGCGAUCAGUGACGUGGACCUCAGACCAGAGUGGCAGGCCAUGUGUUUAUACUAUAGGAUCUCCCAUAAACAACAGGGCCCUUUUUCCAUGCCAGGAGCCACCGGUUGCCAUGUCAACAUGGCAGGCUACAGUUCGAGCAGCUGCAUCCUUUGUUGUUUUAAUGAGUGGGGAAAAUUCUGCCAAGCCAACACAGAUUCGAGAAGGAUGCUCAAGCUGGCAUUACUAUGUCACCAUGCCAAUGCCAGCUUCCACCUUCACAAUUGCAGUGGGAUGCUGGACAGAAGUGAUGCCAGAGACAUGCUCAUCAGAUGAUCGACCCUCAAAGAGACCCAUCCCAUCUUCCAAGGCCGACUUCAGAUGUGUUGGUGCCUGUGGUCACAUGGAAUAUCCCUGCCGCUUCCAGAAUGCUGCUGCCACCACUCAGGAGGUCAUUCCUCACAGAGUCUUUGCCCCGCUGUGCCUCAAGGAUGCCUGCCAAGAGACCCUUCUGCGGCUGAUCCCUUCCUGCCUCUCGGCAGCACAUUCUGUGCUGGGAACACACCCCUUCUCCCGGCUGGACGUCCUUGUCGUCCCCGCCAACUUUCCGAGUCUGGGAAUGGCCAGCCCACACAUCGUCUUCCUCUCACAGAGCACCUUGACAGGCAGCAGCCAUCUCUGCGGGACCCGCCUCUGCCACGAAAUUGCCCACGCCUGGUUUGGGCUCGCCAUCGGGGCCCGCGACUGGACAGAGGAGUGGCUGAGCGAGGGCUUUGCCACUCACCUGGAAGAUGUGUUCUGGGCCGAAGCACAGCAGCAGCUGUCCCCCGACGAGGCCCAGGAACAGCAGGAGCUGAGGGCUUGUCUGCGCUGGCAUCGCCUCCAGGAUGAGCUGCGGAACUCCUCCGAGGAGAUGCAGGUGUUGAGACCUAGUAAAGAGAAAACUGGCCACGUGAGUGAAUCCGGAGCAUCUGUCAUCAAGCAUGGACUCAACCCAGAGAAGAUCUUCAUGCAGGUCCAUUAUUUAAAGGGCUACUUCCUCCUUCGGUUCCUUGCCAAAAGACUUGGAGACGAGACCUAUUUUUCAUUUUUAAGAAAAUUUGUGUACACAUUUCAUGGGCAGUUGAUUCUUUCCCAGGAUUUCCUCCAAAUGUUGUUGGAGAACAUCCCAGAAGAAAAAAGGCUCGGGUUGUCUGUUGAGAGCAUCUUCCAAGACUGGCUUGAGAGUUCUGGGAUACCGCAGCAGCUGCAGAGGGAGCGUCAGGCCGGGGCGGAAUGCGGGCUCGCGCGGCAAGUGGGCGCCGAGGUCUCCAAAUGGAUUCGGGUGAACCGGAGACCCCGAAAACGGAAGCGAGGGGAGCGCGCUGAGGUGUUUGAGAAGCUUCUCCCAGACCAGCUUGUCUUGCUUCUGGAGCGUCUCCUGGAGCAGAAGACGCUGAGCGCCCGGACACUGCGGAGCCUCCACAGGACGUACCGCCUCCAGGAGCAGGACGCGGAGCUGCAGCGGCUUACGAAGGCAGUGGAGCGGACUGGGCUUUCAGAGCGCUGCAGACUGGCCUUCCCCUCAAAUGCCUUCCAAGUGCAAAGACUCCGACUUGACAUGCCGACAACUAAAUGCGCUCUAAGGUUUUCAGGACAAAGAGAAGCUUUCUUUCAGUUUUUAAAACAGUAUUUUUUUUUAAACUUGAAUUAUAAAUCUUUCUGUGCUCACAAGAAAAAUGUUAAUGAUCUAUAUAACUCUACCAUCCAUUGUAGAUAACUAGGUUUAUAUCCUUUUUGCCUUUUUUCUUUUUGAACAUACUUUUCAUUUAUUUAUUUGAAAGGCACAAAGAGAGAGAGAGAAAACAAACCAGAGUAUUCUCCUUCCCACUGGUUUACUGCCCGUAUGCACACAACAGCCAGGUUAGGCUGGGCCCAAGCCAGGAGCUGCGAGCUCAAUCCAGGUCUCCCACAGGAGCCAUCACUGCCGACUGCCCGGGUCUGCACCAGCGUGGAGCCCCAGGUAGGAGCUGGGGGUGCAUCUGAUCCAGGAUGCAGGGUCCUGACUGCCACAUCAGACAGCCACCCCUUCGUGUCCUUUUUUCUGUGCACUGAGUGCAAACCACACACGCUAUCGGGGCACUCAAAAAGCUCAUGGAAAAAUGAAAUUAAAAGAUCAGAUUACUGUGGUACUAAACUUUUGAGAUCUAUCCAUGCAUAGUUUUUUUGAAGUAUAUAUUUUCCAUGAACUUUUUGAAGACCCCUCACAUACAAUGUUCUGUGUCUUACAUUUUUCUCUUCCCAGUAUACCGUAAACAGUUUACUGUUUCUGUAAAACAUGUUCUUCAGUAACAUGGUUUUCUUGGUAGAAUGCUACCCCAUGGUAGGAUCUAGCACAAUUUAGCCAACAGUCUUACUAUUGCAAGUUUAGGCCAUUUCUCAUUUAUGCAGUGCAUAAACAAACUGUGACAAGUAUUCUUGUACAUGAAUAUUUUUAUGGAUCCUUAUUUCCUUAGGUUAAUUCCUAGAAGUAAAAAUAUGAACCCUUACCUAAGUCUUAAGAGUAUAUAAGGGGGGGCCAGUGCUGUGGCACAGUGGGUUAACGCCUUGGCCUGAAGCGCCCGCAUCCCAUAAGGGUGCUAGUUCGAGACCUGGCUGCUCCACUUCCAAUCCCGCUCUCUGCUAUGGCCUGGGAAAGCAGUGGAGGAUGGCCCAAGCCCUUGGGCCCUGUACCAUGUGGGAGACUCGAAGAUCCUGGCUUUGGAUCGUCACAGCUCCAGCAGUUGCAGCCAAUUGGGGAGUGAACCAGUGGAUGGAAGACCUCUCUCUCUCUCUUUCUCUCUCUCUUUCUGCCUUUCCUCUCUCUGUGUAACUCUGAAUUUCAAAUAAAUAAACAAAUAAAUAUUUUUUAAAAAGAGUAUAUAAGGGAGCAGCAUAGUGGUGUAGGCGGUUAGCCACUGCCUGCGGUGCUGCCAUCCCAUAAGAGGGCUACUCCACUUCCAAUCCAGCUCCCUGCUAAUGUACCUGCGAAAGCAUUGGAAGAUGGCCCCAAGUACUUGGGUUCCUGUACCCAUAUGGGAAACCCAGAAGAGGCUCUUGGCUCCUAGUUUUGGACUGGCCCCGCUCUGGCCAUUUGGGGAGUGAACCAGUGGAUGUUUCUCUCUCUCUCUGUAACUCUGCCUUUCAAAUAAAAUAAACAAAUCUUUAAAAGAAGCAAAGAGUAUAUCUAAACAUAGACUGUUUUUGGUUUUCAUCAUGAUCCAGUUCAGUUACUGAAAGGAUGUGAACACUGGCAGGCACAGGAGGUGGUGAGCCAGGGAGAGAGCAAAUCUUCACACAGGUGUCAGGACACGUGUGUUCUUGGCCUUCCUGUCUGCACUUCCAGGACAGCCAGAGCACCAAGGGAGCUAAGGGACCGAGCCUGACUUAAUCAUGCCUUUUCCAUACGGCAUGGGCACAGAUGCUGUCAGGUUCCAUCAGCGCUCUCAAUAACUCUGCUUUAACAGUUCACAUUUGUUUCUCAAGUCACCCACCAGAACAUCAAGGCAUCUAGGUCCAUAAAAUCCAGGGGAGCAAGAGAUCUAUUGGGUGAACUAGGACAACCCCCCUCCCCCCAGGAUGUCACAUACACUCUUGCCCCAGGUCGGAUGCUGGGGAGGAAGGGGUUUGAAAUCACUAAUACGAAGACUGGCUCCACUCACAAGGCAGAUGGCUACUCUGACAGAGAGCUAAGAAGUAAUGGACAGAUGGCACCAAGCUAUGCUGAAUAGGUUAACCCAUUUUUAUCCAAGAUGCCUAAGCGUUUCCCGAAUAAGAACUACCACAUGAGUUUUAUAUAAAUAAACAUUAGCUAAUGAAGGACUUUCUAGAAAGUAAAUCUUAUUGGACAAUUUAUUUCUCUGUACUUCCAAAGUGAAUCUCUCUUUGUCAGUGUCUGUGAUCAGUGUGGGAUUUAACACAUACACAGAGGCAGACAGGAAAUCCAUAUAGAAGGGCUUCAGAAAUCACGAGUGCUUCAACAUCAUAAUUAGUAUUGUUAAAAAUAAGACGAAAGACAUAAACCAGGGUUUUCCCUAAUUAGUUCCAUGUGGUUUUUAAAGGGAAGAAACAGAAAUUUUUCUUCUUAAUCAGAUAGCAAUCCUCAAAUAUAUAUGUGGAUUAUGGUAAUUUCUAAGAAAUGUUUUGGGGCCAGUAUUGUGGUGUAGCAGGUAAAGCUGCUGCCUGUAAUGCCAGUAUUCCAUAUGGGCACCUGUUUGUGUCCCGGCCGCUCUACUUCCAAUCCAGCUCCCUGCUAAUGGCCUGGGACAAAACAGCGGGAGAUGGCCCAAGUGUUUGGGCCCCUGCACCCAUGUAGAAGACCCUGAUGAAGCUCCUGGCUCCUGGCUCCAGCCUGGCACAGCUCUGGCCGUUGUGGCCAUCUGGGAAGUAAACCAGUGGAUGGAAGACCUCGCGCUCUCUCCUGUCUCUCCCCUCUGACUUUCAAAUAAACAAGGAAUGUUUACAUUAAAAAAAGUUUUGUUUUUGAUCCCAAAUAAUCACCAAAUUUCAACUUUUAAAAAUCCAAAUAUUUUUCCUGUCCCCUGCCAUGCAAGCCUUUAAGCAAAUGAAAUACAGACAGAAAAUACAAACCAAAUAGAAGCUUUGUACAUGAUAAUGAAACCUGUUCCCUUUCACUAUUAAAAUCAGCAAAACGCACUGAUAGUUAAGUUUGAAAAACCAGCUAGCAGAUGUCCGCAAGGGAGGUGCCAGUGCCUUUCCUCCGAGCAUGGCCUCCAGAACUCCUGUAUUCUGCACAGAAUGGCUGUCUCUGCCACAGAUGCCGGCCCUGUAUGUGGCUGCUCUGGUGUUUAGGAAGUGGCCAAGCCAUUUUUCAGAAGCUCAGUGGUUAGCAUCAUGUGAUUGCUCGAAUAAGGGGUCUACACACAGCUGGUGAUGUGAGCAUCUGUCGACUGCUCUGAGGAAGCAGUACGUCAGGAGGCAGCCCCGGCUGGCUAGAGACCCAGGCUGUGCCGCUGGACAGUGCUCUUCAGAGGAGCCAUCCGUGCCUGCGUGGCAUCACCUGGAGGACCAGGACAGGGCCACGUGCAGUGGUCAACAGGGGCAGACUGGACUCCUGAGCAGAGUCAGACCAGAGGAGCCCAGGGCAGGGGGCUGUACCUCCCUCCUCGGUGCUUCCCAGCCGCCUGUCUCCAGCCUACUCUGUGGAGGCAGAGGACUCUUCCACCUGUGAGCCCGGGCCCAUGCACUUGAUAUCCAAGGCCAUCUGUGUGUGACCGAACCUGACAGCAUGAAUGCUACAGCUCACUUACCUAGGGAGUCAGUGAUAGGCAAACCCUCUGAAUCCCUCCCUGCGCCACUACAGAGUGCCCACCCCUGGGGCACGCACAGGGGACCUGCUACCUACCAUGGU